CCUGGGAUCGAUUGCUUUUGUCUCCCGACAACAUCAUGCUAGCUUUCUGCCAUGACACCUGCGUUAACAAUGGCGGAAACGCCACAGGUUCACGUGAGCUCAUUUCUCCACUUUUUUAAUAUUAUUUGGUAAAACCACAUUCUUACAUCGUAUUUCAUAAAUAUCGACUAACGAAAAGGCAUAUUUCACGAUUCAAAAUCACUUCUCCGUGUUUACUUCUUGACAGGCAGGCCCGCAUCGGCCGAGGGCAGAGGUGAUUAGACAAUCAUUAGAUCCAAUAAAACUUUGCAGGUUAGCAUGUGGUUAACGUUUGACCAAACAGGAUGAAGCCGCUCACAUUGGUCUCGGCUCGGAGUGACUGGCGAGAUCUCUCCGUGGAAAGACUGCGAUCGCGAUGACUCCCGUGGUGCAUCUGUGUCUUCUGGCGCUCCUACUCAGCUCCGCUGAUGGGUCGGGCCUAGAGGGCAAGAAGGUCUCCUUUGAGAACAUGGUGGUGGAGGUACCAGAAGGGACACCCGUACCCUACGUCCUCUAUCAGUUCCAAGUGGCCCAUCCAAGUGUGAAUGGCUUCAGGUUGAGCGGAGAAGGUAGCGAUGCUAUCAAGAUCUCCGAGGAUGGAUGGCUGUACCUGGACAAACCUCUAGACUGGUCCCACGAUGACAACUACCUGAUUGCGGUGGAAGCUUUGGCAGAUGAUAAAGUCGUGGAGGGGCCAAUUUACGUGACCAUUAAUGUGUUGGACGUCAACAACCACGCUCCAGUCUUCAACCAGAGUUACUACACCGCUCUGGUCCGAGAGAACGCUCCGGCAGGCGUCCCCUUCAUUCGUGUGUUUGCAUCCGAUCGGGAUGACCCUUCCACUCCCAACGCCCAGCUGAGGUACAGCCUGGUCAGCCAGAUCCCAAACAGGGACAACACGCUCCUCUUCCAGGUGGAUCCCGUCACCGGCGAGAUCUCCACAUCCCAACAAGGAGAACACAGCCUCAAGGCCAGCGAGGCCAUCCAGUACGCCCGAGGAGAAGAGCGCGGCGUUGAUACUCUGAAGGCAAAGUUUGACCACUACUGUCCCGCACCGACCGUCCCGCACGAGGACAAUCCCUUCUUCGCCUGUGUGGAGAGAGCAGAAACGAGAAGGAGGAACCUAAACCCCCUGGGGGAUCCGGACUACACCUUGUUUGUGCGGGUCCAGGACAUGGGGGGCGCGUCUGACACGGCGUUGAGUGGCAACACCAGAGUCCACAUCGCGGUGCAGCCCAACCUGUGGGUCAACCCUGGUCGGAUCAGCAUUGAAGAGCACGGCGAAGGAUCUUACCCACGUAUCGUUACAAAGGUCCAAUCCAACCAUCCCAACGCCGUCUACAGGCUCGUGCAGAAAGAAAGAGAGCUGAGCUUCCCCUUCCAGAUCACAGAGGACGGAGAAAUCCUCUUGACGGAGGAGUUGGACAGGGAAGAGAAGGACAUGUACAUCCUGGUGGUGAUGGCGGAGGAUGACUACCAGAACCAGGUGGAUCCUCCCAUGGAGAUCCAGGUGGUGGUGGAGGACGUGAACGACAACGCGCCCGUGUGUGUGAACGAGGAGAGCGUGUUUGAGGUGCAGGAGGACGAGCCUGUAGGUAGCCUGGUCGGACAACUGCUGGCCCACGAUGGCGACGAAGAAGGGACGCUCAACGCCCUGCUGACCUACGCCAUCGUGUCCCAGCAGCCGCCCACCUCGCCCGACUCCUUCGCCAUCGACGCCGCCUCUGGUCGAAUUCAAGCACUGCGUUCGCUGCAGCGUCGGGAGAAUCAGGUGUACAAGCUCACCGUCAGAGUCAGUGAUCCAGCUUACAGUGCAGAUUGCAAGGUCGUGGUCAAGGUCAUUGAUGUCAACAACGAGCUGCCUCUCUUUGAGAAGAAUGAUUAUGGCAGCCACACCCUGGCGGAGGACGCGGACGUGGGACACACGGUGCUCAGCGUGGCGGCGUCAGAUGCCGACGACCCGGAAAGCGGCAGCUCCUACAUCGAGUUCCACAUCUCGGAAGGCAACGAGGACGAGGUCUUUGCCGUGGAAACCGACGGGAAAGGCGUGGGUCACCUGGUCGUCGCUAAGCCACUGGACUUCGAGACGUCCGCCUCCUACAAGCUGAAGAUCGACGCUCGGAACCCGGAGCCUCUGAUGAGCAGCCUGGAGUACGGCGACCAAUCCAGCGCCGUCGUGUCGCUGUCCGUCACAGAUGUGGACGAGGUCCCGGAAUUCACGUCGACCGUGCUGGACGUGAGCGUGCCGGAGAACGCCACCAAGGGAGCCGUGCUGCUCACCGUGGAGGCCAAGGACCCCGAGGGCAAAGACAUACGUUUCAAGAUGGAGGGCGACCCCAAGGGGUGGCUGGAGAUGGACGCGGCCACGGGAGAGAUCCGGACCAAAGACAAGCUGGACAGGGAGACUCUGGAGACCUUCGAGGUCAAGGUCAUGGCCUACGAGAAAGACAACCCGGACAAGUGGGAUGAGCGCGUGGUGUCCGUGAGGCUGCUGGACGUCAACGACAACGUCCCCAAGCUGACGGAGACGCAGGCCUUCAUCUGCGUCCAGAAGCCAGAAGCGGUCUUCAUCAAGGCUCGCGACGCAGACGCCGCCCCCUUCUCGCAGCCCUUCACCUUCGCCUUCGCACACGGGAAGAAGUCCCACAACUGGGAUCUGCAAGUCGUGGACGGAACCUCCGCAAAGCUGACCCUGAAGAAAACGCCGACUGAAGAUAAAACCUUCUCGCUGCCCAUCAACGUUAAAGACAACGCGGGAAUGGGCGUCACGCAAGCCUUUGAGGUCCACGUGUGCACGUGCACGGAGCUGGGCUACUGCUACACGCCGCCCGCCGAACACGGCUUCAAAUACGGCUUGGGACCCACCGUCGGCAUCUUGGCGGGAAUUCUGGCAUUCUGCGUGAUCGUCUUCGUGGUCGUGAUCAAACGUUCGAGUAAACAGAAAGCGGCGACGGAGGAGAGGAACGCCUUAAUGUAGCGAUAGCUUGUUUAUUUGUUGCGAAAUGUUAGCUUAGCAUGACAUCUUUUAGCCCAGGACGUAAUUGGAAAAAAGGCGCUUGAACCCUAAUUUAUUGACCCGUGGCCCCCCUCACCCCCACGUGUGUACCAAUUCUCAAUAUUUGUCAUGUUUGUUUUGUGCCCCCCCCCCCCCCCCAAUAAACAAAACAAGUGGGCC